GUUGGUCAGUCGGCUAGUGGGUUCGCUCUUGUCACCCCGGACGCACGUCUCAACACACCGUUCUUGAGAAUUCCACAAAAUAUCGCUGCUUUAAUUAAAAAUAAUAAUAAAAUGCCUAAAAAACCGUUCAGAUGCCGACACUGACGACUUCUUAGAUUGUAGAAAUAUAUUUUAAAAAAAUAGUGCAAUGCUUUCCAAUUUCAAAAUAAGAACGUAAUUUAUUCGAAUUCCAAAAAUAUUACUCUCAAUUUUCGCGCGGGAAGCCAAACGUCAAGAUGACAGUUCGGGAGUGGUUCAAAUUUGGAAAAUCAAUCCGUGGUGAUGUGAAACAGUUUGUUGUUUUAUUUGUGUUGUUAUCGAUAUUAGACAAUUUGUUGACAUGCAGAGGCGAAAGCUUAAGAGAAUCAAGAAAACUCUUCGGAGGAUACAGAAUAACCCCAACUCACUGUAAAGCAUCCAGAGCAGCCAAAUAUAACAGAGGAAACACAAUAUGCAUGUUCAAUCACGAAUGUGUCCAAAGAGGGGGAGAAGUAGUGGGGGCUUGCAUGGAUGGAUUCCUUUUCGGAGCAUGCUGUCAACUUAAAAGUGACAGUCAAUCACAUAUACCUAAAGGACCGGGUGUAGUCAUGACAAGUUACCUGGAUUACCCUGAAGCAGAAAGCGACACUGCAGAUUAUGAAUCUGAAAACUUAGACGCAUGGCACAACAGCUUCAAACCUGUAGUCACUCCUGGAUACAGACCUGGAGUCUCAUCUUCUCCAAAACCUGAUGGGAAUACCGAAUCUGUUAUAUCUGAUGGAUUAACACAAAUCACUAAUACUUUGUUGAAUUCCCCUGAAAAAGAAAACAAUUAUAUAUUCAAACCCGAAAGACCAGGAACUGUUUAUACUCAUAGCACAAUAGACCACAAUUUAGCUGAUACUAUACUUUUAAAUAAAAACGGAUCAAUAGCAGAUAAUGUAGCUAGACCUUCAGAUUUUAAUAUACAAAUAUCUUCAAUGCAAACCAAACCUACAGUGUCUCCAUUAUCUACUUCAACUACACCUACAUCUAAAGUUGUAUCAACUCAUAGACCUGUAUAUACUAAGCCAGUCUUUAAACCGAAGCCAAAGCCACAAGCAUCUUCUACAGAAAAUUACAUUAUGGUAUCUACUGUGACAAAAGAAAAUCCGAAAGUAACAGAACUAUCAUCUAUUGAUAGUAUAAUACAAAUGUUAAAUAAUACUCCAAGUUUAAGUGACGAAAUUACAUCGCCUUCAUCUGAUAUGGCAGAGCAUAAAUCAUCGUUAGGAUCAACUGUAUCAUCAUGGGGUGAAGCAGGAUAUGGAAGCAACUAUAUAAACUAUUACGUAUCGCCUGGUCAUUACGUCACAGUAAAGCCUGGCACAAGUCUUUAUUCAACGACAUCUGCUUAUAUCCCCGAGAGAUAUACGACCCCAAAACCACAAAAUAAGACCCCAAUCAGUUCUACAAUUCAUACUUUAAAACCAGUAAGCGUGUACUCAAGUACCCACGCGUAUUACACGAAAAAACCAUAUACACCUAACAGUAUACCAGAAGUAGUAAAAACUACUGCAAGACCACAAUAUUCCUCUCCUUCAUCUGCGUCACAAUCGACUCAGCAAGCAAUAGAUGCAUUCAAUAAUUAUCCAACAGAUCCAAGCAAUUUUGGUCCGAGUCUCACUACAUUUACAUAUGUUACAUCAAGUACCACUCCAGCGCCACCUUCAAGCACGAGAAGUCCUAGUCCACCUUAUACUAGUUAUAUAACAGGAUCAACUCCAGCAAAGAGACCAGUAACGGAACGUAUACCUAUUCAACCUAAUAUUCCAGGUUUUGCUGACAAUUUCGCUACAGCAACACCCACCGUAGUAAUACUAAAUAAUUUCCAAACUCCAAAGCCAGAUACAGAGGAAUCAGAGGAAAUAAAAGAAACAGAAUUUAUUGAAAUAUCACAGGAACCAUUCCAGAAACCAGCCAGUUCGAUAACGGUGAACAAUGUCAUUGAAACAAGUAACCAUAUUUAUUUGUCGAAGCCACCUCCUCUAAAACACGACAGACCGUCUUCACCAACAGUCGUUAUUACUCCUAAACCACCACCAAAUACAACUCCAUAUCCAAUUAAAUCAACAACAAAAUACACAGCUUCUACUCCUAGCUUCGAAUCAUUCACAGAAUACACUCCUACGACUUUCAAACCAGAGAUGCAGACUUCUCCAGACGACCUAAUUAAUUUCCCACCAGUUCGCAAUCCUAUGUUAAACGUAACAGGAUCAAACGCGAUUUUCAAUACCAGUAUUACAAUGUCAAACGAUUUAGAAGUAUUACACGACGUGGAGUUCACAACACCGUCCUGGCAAGAAGACGAAAAACUGAAUGAGAAGAUGAAUCAAUUCGUAAACAAAAUCGUUGGAAGUCUGCAAGGCACAUUCCAAGAGCUACACGACAUUGUAAUCCUAGACAAGAAGCCUAACGCAACUAUUAUUAAUACUAGAACUACACCAAAGCCUACGAAAAAAACUCCAACUACGACUAAAAAACCGAUUACUACGACUAAAAAACCAGCUAGACUGACUACGACAACUAAGAAACCGUUAAGGACUACAAAAAAACCGACUAAAUUGACUACAGUUUAUAGGAGACCAACGACUACUGCGCUUCCUACAACUACAAGUACAUCAGCAAAAAAACCGGUAACUACUACGAAAAAGCCAAAACCGACGAAGAAAGUGACAACGACAAUAGCGACGACGACAGUGACUGAGGCGUCGAACGACGAAGUGACCACAGAGGGAUUUAUAGACAACACCAUCGACUAUAAUGAUAAGAAUUUGUGCGGAGUACGGCCAUUAGUGAAGUCCGGUCGUAUCGUUGGCGGGAAGAAUGCAAAGUUCGGAGAGUGGCCGUGGCAGGUCCUAGUCAGGGAGUCCACGUGGCUGGGUCUCUUCACAAAGAACAAGUGUGGAGGAGUGCUGAUCACCAGCAGAUUCGUUACUACCGCUGCUCAUUGUCAGCCUGGAUUCCUGGCCUCGCUCGUGGCAGUGUUCGGUGAGAACGACAUAUCCGGAGACAAGGAGCCACGUAGGCCCGUAUCAAGGAACGUUAGGAGGGUGAUAGUCCACCGGCAAUACGACGCAGCGACGUUUGAGAACGACCUAGCUUUAUUGGAAUUGGAAUCACCCGUCAAGUUCGACGCGCAUAUUGUGCCAAUCUGCAUGCCGCCAGACAACUCGGAUUUCACCGGUCGCAUGGCCACCGUCACAGGGUGGGGGCGGCUCAAGUACGGUGGUGGGGUACCAGCUGUAUUACAGGAAGUUCAGGUGCCUGUGAUAGAGAACAGCGCUUGCCAGGAGAUGUUCCUCACGGCUGGCCACCAGAAGAAUAUCAGAAAGUCUUUCAUCUGCGCCGGAUACGCCAACGGCCAGAAGGACUCUUGUGAAGGCGACAGCGGAGGCCCGCUGGUGCUGCAGCGCUCGGACGGGCGCUGGCAGCUGGUGGGCACGGUGUCGCACGGCAUCCGCUGCGCCGCGCCGUUCCUGCCCGGCGUCUACAUGCGCACCUCCUUCUACAAGCCCUGGCUCGCCAGCGUGGCCGGCGUGCGCGGCUGACGCCCGCCGCCGCUCUCUGGAACUUUGAAUUGACGUUCUUUUUAUACCUACGAAGAAGUGUUCUUUUUUCGUAUGUGUCAGUGGCCAGUCUGGUAUUGCAUUUUUUUUAAUGUCAAUCAUGAUUUGGCCAGUUUGUUGUUUUGUAAAAUUAAACAGUUUUUGUACAGCGCGCUCAUUUGUCGCAUCGAAAAUCGUAAUGACACGAGGUAUAUUUUCAUUCCUUGAAAAAUAAUUAGCAUCGUCUAAUUUUUAAGCUUGAUUCUAUUCGAAAAUCCCCACCUUUGUCAGUUAAUGUUUUAAUUUUAAUAAACUGUUUGACUUUUCAAUGUAAUUAUUUAAUUUAAUUAAUUCACCAAGACAGUACCAGGUGCUUUGAUUGGCUAUAAUAUGAUUUUAAAUAAUUAAUUUGCCGAAAAUAUCGUGAUUUUAUUCCUCGAUAUUGUUAGAGUCAGAUAGCGUAGUCUUGCGCAGAAAUGCCGGCAAUUUUUGCUCGCAUCACUUCGCUGUCCGUCGUUAGAUGGCGCUAUAAGUAGUUCCAUAUACCGACGCAUGACUCGUUCGAAAUUGUGCGAUUUUUUUUUUAAAGCCAUCGGCACUGUCUUGUAAUAGAUUUGUAAUGUUGUAAAAAUGUAUUGAACAAUUUUAGUCUUCUAAGUCAUUGUUACACACCCACUAAACAAUAGUAUGUGCAAUCAAGAUCAAAAAUCUUGAUCAACUUCAUAUGUCCAUGGUAGGUCAGGUUUGUCUGCCCUCGACUCGGUACCUACUUACCCUACGUUUCUAUAACUUGGUAAUAAGGGUGAAUGUAAUGAUAUUGUAGACGUUGUUGACUUGUAGAAUGUACCACGGUACAUUCUACAAGUCAACAAAGGGUGAUCACGAUCACCCUUUACUAGUUCAUCUUAUGACUACAGUUUACAAUGGAUUUUUGAUCCAUAUUGUAAAGUAGAAAAAUUAGUGGUUCUUUAGAGUUUGCAGGAACUUUUCACACCUUAUGUUUCAAAUAGGACAUUAAAAUCUUAAUAAUAUUAAUUCCGCAAAUCAUUUGUGUUUUUCUUCCUCUGUUCCUAACAAGGUGUUUCACAGACCUGAUUCUUGUCAAACGAUCAAAAUCGAAAGGUUCUAAAGGUCCUCUAAUUGUAUGUAUGUUUUAGGCAUCCUGUCUACUCAUACGAUUUAUUUUUGAAAUCCACUAAAAGCAUAAUUGUAGUGUUGAUAUUUAAAAGUCAGUAAUCAAAUAGAUUUUUAUUUAUAAUUCUACUUUAAAAAAUCAGAAAAUUCGCAAAAAAAGCUCUCUAAUUAUAGUGGAGCUACGCGUCAUAUUAUUGUAAUUAACUUUUGUGUUAUUGACCAAACAAAAACGAUGAAAUUUCUUGAAUAUAAAUUACAUGUUUAAGGAAGUUACAAUAUACCAAUUCGUAUAUUUGUUAAAGUAUUAUAUUAUUUAUAUUCUGUAAAUUAAAAUGCAUUUAUUUAAUCUAAAUAUAGUGUAAAAUUAGUUUCUAAGACUGAAUCAAUGUAAAAAAAACUGCAUAUUAUUUAUAUAAAUUAAUUUAAAUUAUGUAUAAUUACUUCAGAACUCAUAAUUGUGCUAGGAAAAAUAUUUUAAUUUAAUAAAAAGAUUAUUUAAAAAAGAAUAAUGAGAAGGCUCAAAUAAAUAGAUAAAUGUUAAUAUUUUUAUUGUUGUACAU